AUGAAAUCCCUCCUCGCUCUCACACUCUUGUGUUUGUUCGGUGUGACUGUUGCACUCCUUUCUUUCACACAAGCACACGAGUUCGAUCAUUUUUCACAAUUCACAGUUCACUCGGAUUGGCCCAAUCGUAGAAAACAAGAACAAGAUGAACGCAUUCGUCGUGAUUAUGAAAAUGCUGAGAAGCAUAAACGUCAUUGGCUCAUGAAGCCGCCACAUGUCAUUCCAAGAUUUUCCUCUUCUCAAACAAGACCUGGAAAGGUUGGAUGGCCAAAUCGUAGAAAGGAAGAACAAGACGAACGCAUUCGUCGUGAUUAUGAAAAUGCUGAGAAACAUAAACGUCAUUGGCUCAUGUUGCAACGACUUUUACCAACUUUCCCAAAUUCGAGACCUGGAAUGGUAGGAUGGCCCAAUCGAAGAAAACAAGAACAAGACGAACGUAUUCGUCGUGAUUAUGAAAAUGAAGCAAGACAUAAACGUCACUGGCUCAUGAUGCAAACAGGUGCUUCUCGAGACAAGAAGAACAAUCAAAGACAAAACAGAGAUCUUGUUGGAUGGCCUAAUCGUAGAAAGGAAGAACAAGACGAACGUAUUCGUAGAGAUUAUGAAAAUGAAGCAAGACAUAAACGUCAUUGGCUCAUGAUGCAAACAAGAUCCCAACAACAACAACGAAGAAACUCCUCUUGUUCCAAUAAGAACAAGAGAAGACAUUUAUCAUUGGUUGGAUGGCCUAAUCGAAGAAAGGAACAACAAGAAGAACGAAUUCGAAAGGAUUAUGAAAAGAAACAUAAACAACACUGGAUGAUGAAAAAGGAUGUUGAGAAUCUCGAGAGGGAGGAAGAUAUCAAGUUGGAUGAAAUGGUUCAUUCUGUCUUGAAUGAAGUGUUGUUGAGUAAUAAUAUUCGAGAUGAGGAUGAAUAUUAG